GACUACUGGAACUCAGCUAGCAAACAGUGCGAGAAGGAUAAUGGUCAGUGCGUUUCAGUAACCUGUAAGGAUGGCGUUCUUAAGCCAGAUGAAUCUAACUGUGCUGGUUUCUACGAGUGUGUGGAUAAUAAGUUUGUCCAGAGAAAGUGCCCUGCUCAAACCUAUUUCGAUAAUUCGCUGGGUGCUUGCGUUAUUGAUGAGAACGGUGUUUGUAUUCCCAAAGUAUGCGAUCCUGAAUGUUGUGACAUGCCCAACAAUUGGAUUGGACCCGUCGAUAAGAACUGCUCGGCUUUCAUUCAAUGUCUCUAUGGCAAUGUGAUCCAGCAGAACUGUCCCAACAAUCUGCAGUUCAACAAUAUUACCAAGGAAUGCGAUUAUCCCGAUGUUGUCCAAUGCGAUGAUGGUAGCCUACCGCCAAGCGGACCCACAGCCGGUCCUUCCGGCACCUAUUGUGAGAGCAAGGGUCGUUGUCUUGGAAAGCGCGAUGGCACCAUGUUAGUCGAUGACAAGAAUAAAUGCAGCGGUGGCUAUAUUGUAUGCCAGUGUGAGUGUGAGGUUGCCUUUACCUGUAGCGCCGGCUUGGCUUUCAACCAGCAGGUUCUCGCUUGUGACUGGCCAGAGAAUUCUGGCUGUUAAAUUUCGUAAUAAACAUAUUUAAAGCAGCAUUACCAGA